AUCCUUUUACAAAAAGAAACGGAAUCUGAGUUUGCUAAGAUUAUACAUUGAUAAUCAUAGGACACAAUCAGUUUCUGAGAACCGGCUCAGAAUGAUGGACAUGGGGAUCUUAACUUUCAUUAGAUUGACACUUUCAUUCCAAUUAUUGUAUCUAAGCUUUGUAAGAGCAGAGAUGAAAACUUCAGGCAAUCAUUUCAGAAAACUGGACAAUGUUGCUGAAGAUGCAAAGGCGCAAGAAGAUGAAAUUCACAUUCUCGACCAUUUGCAAUGCUCGCAAGAAAACGCUUGUCGAUUCAUAGCAAAAUCAAAAGAAGAUUCUAAUAAAUUCAGAAGAUUCUACACUCAACCUGACGCAAAUUUUCAGGAAAUUUGGCAAAAGGAUACUUUUAAAGGUUUCAAAGAUUGCACGCAAGCAUUUGAAAGUGGAAUUACAGGGGUGUCAUUGAUCGACAUUCACUUGAAGAAUGGAUCGACCAUCAAGGCAGUUUGUGACAUGGAGACUGAAGCGGGUGGAUGGACAGUAUUUCAACGUAGGAAAGACAGCAGAUCUAGCUUUCAGAAGCAAUGGAAGUAUUACAAGCAUGGCUUUGGGAGGCUCGAAGGCAGCUUCUGGUUGGGCCUAAAUUCAGUAUUUCAACUUACAGAAGGGAAUAAUAUUACUCUAAGGGUUGAUCUUGAAGAUGUAAAUGGCAAAAAAGGGUUUGCUGUUUAUAGAAACUUUCGUAUUGCAGAUGAGACGAAUGGUUAUAGAGUCCAUCUUGAAUACAGCAAGGGGAAUAUUGGUGACUCACUGGGUUCAAGUAACGGCGCAAUGUUUACAACUGUCGACAGGGAUAAUGAUGGUGUUCCAAUAUUCAAUUUGGCUCAAGGAAGAGAAGGAGCUUGGUGGCAUACGAAAAAAUUUUCGUCAAAUCUAAACAGCUUGAUGAGCAAAGGCAUUUCUAGCGACGAGCUAGGUUACAUCAGAUGGGAAUCAUGGCCUAAUUCAAACGGGUUGAUAUCAUUCACUGAGAUGAAGAUCAGGCGGGAAAAAUGAAGGUCGAAACAGUGGCGGACACUUGGGGGAGGGCGAGGGGGCGACCGCCCCCCAAUACUUUAGAGGACAAUGGUAUUAUAUUCUAAAACAAUGAGAAAUGUGACGUCAUCUUAUUAAGACAAUAGGCCCUUCCCCCCAAUAUUUGACCAAGUGUCCGCCCCUGGGUCGAAAGUGGUAUUAAAGAUCUGGUGGGAAACAUGGAAUUCAGAAGAAAAUAUAAUGAUUGAAAGGGUAAACCGUAACAAAAUGAAGGGUGUAAAUAGAGGUAGCAUAUCGAAAGAGAAAUCAAAGUUUGACAAAGAAAAGUAAAAAUCAGAAAAUAAGUGAAGAAAACAAAACGUUAUCCAUAGAUUUUAGUAUAAUUCGUGAAAAUGACAAUAAAAUCAUCACUAAAAAAAGAAAUGCAUACAUCAGGAGAUGGAGAAUUAUGCUUUAAAAAUGAUGAUCUAAAAAGAGAAAUGAUAGCUGCAACAAAACGGGAGCAUAAACUAAGAGCAAUAACAAUAAAUCCGAUCCGAGAACGUGAUGUAAACAUAUAAACAUACAAAGAUAAUGUAGAUUAGCAUUCGCUAAGUCAAAUUGAUUUUCAACUCCUAUCUGACUUUUUUACCUUAUUCAAGUCAAAAGUCAUAUUCCGGAGAGGUCGGACAUUAAUUUUGUCGGACCACCUCCUUACCCCCUUGGAUCCGACUUUACAAGAUUAAACUGCAUUAUAAUUUUUGCCACUUCCUCAGUUGUACCAUUGCAUCGUUUUGUUCCGUUGUGCAUUUUGUAUAAUACGAAAAGCUUUUUCUUGACUACCUGAACUGAAAUAAACUUCACAAAUGAGAAACACAGAAAGAUUACAUGUAUUUUGUUUUUUUAAAGAUUUAAUUAAAAACCAAAUCUUUGAAAGUCUUCCUCCAAAAACUCCUUCUCUGAAAGCUUCUUCAAACAGACUGCUACUUUGAAAAUCUUCCUUCAAGGUAAGCAAGGUAUGGUCUAGGUGUAGACGCUGACGUCAUAGUGACGUAAUGUUUUAAUUGAAAUGAUUUUCUUAAUUUUCAAUCGACUUUGGUCAUUCGUGUGGCUGCUAUCUUUUCAUUUCAUGAUGGUUGGGUAUUUGAUAGUCAUGUUCCUUGACAGUUAAUUUCCUAUCCAAAAUAGGGACGUUUCUCCCUCGAACCCUCUCAAAUAUAGCAGUUUAUUUAUGAUGCUCGUUAUCGAUUAUGUAAUCCACUUGCUUUGUAGUUGCGUCAAAAUUAGCAAUGUUGUCUCACAUUAAUCGGUUCCUCGGUUCUUUUCUGUAAUCUUGGCAAUAACGAAAGAGAAUACGCUGUACAACUGUUCCUUGUGUUUUUAUGCACAACAAUAAACAUGUGUAAGAAGGAAGAAACGCGGGAUAGGCUGUCCGACGGAUUCGGUAAUUCUUGAAAUGAGUAAUAACAUAAUUGUAUUUAUGAUGGCCUGUAUGCCGAGGCGAAAUAUUAGUAUACAUUGAAUUUAAUUUAUUUUAAAAUCAAAUUGCUUGAUAUUGUA